UUUUCAACGAAAACCAAGAAUAGGCUAGCAUCCUCUUGUUUGGAUAUGAAACGAAAAACCAAUAGUGUCGUAGCGGGAAUCAAAAGUGUUUCCCAAAAUUCCUAGCUUCGAUUCCACCCACGAAUCCGUACGACAAUCACAGUUUCCGUGUCUCGUAAAAGUGCUUCCAAAGCCAUGGAGGAACAAUUCUCAUUUAAGAAUCUUCACAGCAGAGAGUAUUCCGGUCACAAGAAGAAGGUGCAUUCAGUGGCUUGGAAUUGCAUUGGCACAAAACUUGCUUCUGGUUCUGUUGAUCAAACUGCUCGAAUUUGGCAUAUUGACCCACAUGCCCAUGGUAAGGUUAAAGAUAUUGAAUUGAAGGGUCACACUGAUAGUGUGGACCAGCUAUGUUGGGACCCCAAACAUCCCGAUCUUAUUGCAACUGCUUCAGGGGACAAAACUGUUCGUCUAUGGGAUGCUCGUAGUGGAAAAUGCUCACAACAGGCAGAGCUUAGUGGGGAGAAUAUCAACAUCACCUACAAACCUGAUGGUACUCAUGUAGCUGUGGGUAAUAGGGACGACGAGUUAACAAUACUUGAUGUUCGGAAAUUCAAACCAAUGCACAGGCGCAAGUUCAACUAUGAGGUAAAUGAGAUUGCUUGGAAUAUGACUGGCGAGAUGUUCUUUCUAACAACAGGAAAUGGCACUGUGGAAGUAUUAUCUUAUCCAUCUCUUCGACCUCUUGAUACUCUCAUGGCUCAUACAGCGGGUUGUUAUUGCAUUGCAAUUGACCCAACUGGAAGACAUUUCGCUGUUGGAAGUGCUGAUUCCCUUGUCAGCUUGUGGGUUAUUUCGGAGAUGCUUUGUGUGCGGACCUUUACAAAGCUCGAAUGGCCUGUCCGGACAAUUAGUUUCAAUCAUACUGGGGACUUGAUUGCUUCAGCAAGUGAAGACUUGUUCAUUGAUAUUUCCAAUGUUCAUACCGGAAAAACAGUACAUCACAUUCCUUGUAGGGCUGCCAUGAAUAGUGUUGAGUGGAAUCCUAAAUACAAUGUACUUGCAUAUGCUGGAGAUGACAAAAACAAGUAUCAGGCUGACGAAGGUGUUUUUCGAAUUUUUGGUUUUGAAAAUGCUUAGUACUUGGCAUACAAACCAUUUGCCUUGGUAGUUAAGAAUGCGAACGAAGGACAAAAGAACUUGAAGACAACAAAUGAGAUGGCUUAGUGUUGCUAGUUGCAAGGAGAUUAAUUUAAUACAUUAUUGUAUCAACCUGUGCUAAGAAGGAUGUUCACAGAAAAUAUGAAAUUGGAUGUGGAUGUAAUGGCAUUUGUUUUGGUUUUAAGAUUUUGGAUAAAUUACACUUCAGUCUAUUUUAGCAUCAAUGGUCGCAUAUUUCAAGAAAAGAUUUCUUA